AUGAUCAUCCAUCUUGUCCUCAUUGGUCCUAUCGGCAUCUCGAUCCUCCGUCUUGACUUCGGUUACCACAAGCGGCUAGGAAACCCUAGUCGCCAGGGUUCCCAUUUGCUCCUGCUUCCGUACCCGAGCCAAGGCCACAUCAACCCCAUGCUCCAGUUCGGGAAGCGCCUCGCCGCCCACGGCCUCCUCGUCACGCUCGCCGCCACCCGGUUCAUCCUCGGCUCCUCCCGCCCCGAGCCCGGUCCGGUUCGCCUCGCUGCCAUCUCCGACGGGUUCGACGCCACGGGCUUCGACGGGGCCGGCUCGGCCCCGGUCUACCUCGGCAGGUUCGAGCUGGUCGGCUCCGAGACCCUGGAGAGCUUGCUCCGCAGUGAGGCCGCCGCCGGCCGCCCCGUCCGCCUCCUGGUCUUCGACGCGUUCCUCCCCUGGGCGGGGGACGUGGGGCGGCGGCUGGGAGCCGCGACGGCGGCGUUCUUCACGCAGUCGUCCGCGGUCGACGCACUCUUCUACCACGUGUGGGAGAGGCGGCUGUGUCCGCCGGUGCAGGCGGCGGUGGAGCUCCCGGGGUUGCCCCGCCUCGAGCCGAGGGACCUACCGUCCUACCUAGUGGAGUUGGUCACCGCCUAUCCGGCGUACAUGGACAUGGUGAUGAACCAGUUCAAGUGCUUGGAGAACGCGGAUGAGAUCCUCAUCAACUCCUUCUAUGAACUCGAACCUGAGGAAACGGACUUCCUGAGGGUGGCAUGCGGAGCGAAGACCGUCGGGCCGACGGUGCCGUCCAAGUACUUGGACGACAGGAUCCCCUUCGACUCCCAAUACGGCCUCAAUCUCUUUACGCCGGCCGCCGCUCCAUGCAUGCGCUGGCUGGGCUCCAAGCGGCCCGCCUCGGUCGUGUACGUCUCCUUCGGCAGCAUGGCUGUGCUCGGCCCAGAGCAGACGGCAGAGCUAGCCUUCGGCAUCUCGGACAGCGGCAAGGACUUCCUGUGGGUGGUGCGGUCCUCGGAAACCGGCAAGCUGCCCCGGGACUUCGCUGAGGGGUUCGCGGAAAGAGGCCUGGUGGUGUCCUGGAGCCCGCAGACGGAGGUCCUUGCUCACCCGGCGGUCGGCUGCUUCUUGACGCACUGCGGGUGGAACUCGACCGCCGAAGGGCUGAGCCUGGGGGUGCCGAUGGUGGCGAUGCCUCAGUGGACGGACCAGCUGACGAACGCCAAGUACGUGGAGGACGUGUGGGGCGUCGGGGUGAGGGUGAGGGAGGACGAGAAGGGAUUGGUGAGGCGGGAGGAGGUGGAGAGGUGCGUGAGGGAGGUGAUGGAGGGCAGGAGGAGGGAGGAGAUGAGGAUGAACGCCGCCAAGUGGAGGGAGCGGGCAAAAGCGGCGGUGGGGAAGGAUGGGAGCUCUGACAAGAACAUAGUGGCGCUCAUUGCCAAGUACUGCACGAACACGUAG